GAUGAUGCUGUUAGUAUUGAAAGUGGUACUAACACCGAACGCCCUGAUACACCAACAAACACUCCUAAUGCGCCGGGAAGAAAAAGCUGGGGGAAAGGAAAAUGGAAGUCAAAGAAGUGCAAAUAUUCCUUCAAAUGUGUAAAUAGCCUAAAGGAGGACCACGGUCAGCCUUUGUUUGGAGUCCAGUUUAACUGGCACAGUAAAGAAGGUGAUCCUCUCGUUUUUGCCACUGUAGGCAGCAACAGAGUUACUUUAUAUGAAUGUCAUUCCCAAGGCGAAAUCCGUCUGUUGCAGUCCUAUGUGGAUGCUGAUGCAGAUGAAAAUUUCUAUACCUGUGCAUGGACAUAUGAUAGCAAUACAAGCCAUCCUCUUCUGGCUGUGGCAGGCUCCAGGGGUAUUAUUAGGAUAAUUAACCCUAUUACAAUGCAGUGUAUAAAGCACUACGUUGGCCAUGGAAAUGCAAUCAAUGAACUGAAAUUUCAUCCAAGAGAUCCAAAUCUCCUUUUAUCUGUAAGCAAAGAUCAUGCAUUGAGACUGUGGAACAUCCAGACAGACACGCUGGUUGCAAUAUUUGGAGGAGUAGAAGGGCACAGGGAUGAGGUGUUAAGUGCAGAUUAUGAUCUUCUUGGUGAAAAAAUCAUGUCCUGUGGGAUGGAUCACUCUCUGAAACUCUGGAGAAUUAAUUCCAAGAGAAUGAUAAAUGCCAUCAAAGAGUCUUACGAGUACAACCCAAACAAAACCAACAGGCCUUUUAUUUCCCAGAAAAUUCACUUUCCUGACUUUUCUACGAGAGACAUCCAUAGAAACUAUGUUGACUGUGUACGAUGGUUGGGAGAUCUAAUUCUUUCCAAGUCUUGUGAAAACGCCAUUGUGUGCUGGAAACCUGGCAAAAUGGAAGAUGAUAUAGAUAAAAUCAAGCCCAGUGAGUCAAAUGUGACCAUACUUGGGAGAUUUGAUUACAGCCAGUGUGAUAUAUGGUACAUGAGGUUUUCAAUGGAUUUCUGGCAAAAGAUGCUUGCUCUGGGCAAUCAGGUUGGCAAACUUUACGUUUGGGAUUUAGAAAUAGAGGAUCCUCAUAAAGCCAAGUGA